CCGACAGAGAGCAUGAGGAACAGCAGUCAGUGUGAACGCGCAUCCGCUCACAGCGCGAUGAGCCCGGGAAACACCUCCGCCCUGAUGCUCGCGGUACUACUCCUCUCCUUCAUACCCUUCACAACAAGUGCUCCAAUGCUCUUGAAUCCGUCUUCACUAGAGCAUGAGCAGCUACUAACCCAGAUAACUGAUUUGUGCUCGUUCUACCUCUCUUCAGACCCGUCCUUUAGAACAUCUGACGUCCUGGAGGACCUGUGUUUCCUAAUGUUGGGAUCACUGCAAAAAUCGAAGGAGAUCACAGCUCGAGAGACCAGUAAAAGGUUUUUAUUUCAUUACACUAAACCAAACGGGGCAGGAUUGCCUGAUGGGACGUCUACUGUGUUGCACCCUCUUCUGGAGCUCAUUCCCCAGCUUGCCAGAAGAAGAAGCAGGAGAAUGAAAUUAAAUGAGAACCUUCAAGGACCGGGACGCAUCCAGAGCAGAGGAUACUUCCUUUAUCGGCCAAGAAAUGGAAGAAGAUCUGAUGAGUAUGUGUAAAACAAUAAAGAACUGAAAAUCAGUGCCACCAAACCCUGUGAUCCAGAGCCAGCCCACCUGAAACGCCACACCACUCGCUCCCUAUAAAUUGUGAUGUUGAAUGUACAGACCCAAUCCAAAUAAAGUCUUUAAACUGUCCAAAUGUUCUAUUUGUGCAACUGUGCUGUGUCUUUUGAAUUAAAAGCAUUAUAAAAUGUUUCCUCAUUGUGCCAGUGUGAUUUCCACCAAACUGUAUGUGAUUUACUGUAAAUGC